UUGGUUUCAUUGUGAGCGUGUUGUGGUUAAGUAGUCGUUUAUAUGCCGUGUCAUUAAACUAUAAUUGUCUUAGCUGUAUAAUGUUGGAUAUUUAUUAGCAGGGUUUCAAUUAAAAGUGUGAGAAAAUAAUUUUGUUGUGUAUUCAAUACCUAGGUCACCAAUUGCGACGUUAACGCUACAUUGUGUAUGUUACAAACGUGUAAGGUGCUGUAUCGCAACAUAGAGCAGUUGGAACUUUAUAAAACGGUAAUAUAAUGCAAAGCAGACAAAUUACAAACCAUGCUUUUGUUAAUUUUUUACACAAACAUUUUUCCUCUAAAAAUGUUGCAAAAUUUGUCACAAUAUUCACUGUCACCAGUUGUAAGAUCAGCUCGCAACAGGACGACGCCGUGCAAAUAUAUAGAAAACAAUAUGUUUAUUUAACAACAUUAUUUUACUUUACUUGUAACUCAUGGUAACUUAAUGUAAAUAUUUUAACCCAACCAAAAAAAAGAAUUUAGAAACCUGUGAAUAUUUCUUAGAUUUGUUGAUAGGAAAGUUUAACCCACAGAGGCGAUGGUUGUGAGCACGAAGGAAAACGAAGUUGAUAAAUCGAAUCCUCGGACAGGGAGGCAGAGGAAAGGGAGGUCCUCCUCAAGCUCCGGGAGCAGCAGCGGAAGUUCAUCGUCAGGGAGUUCGUCGGAUGGAAGUCGAAGUUCAUCGAGCGAUUCAAGCUCCUCUUCGUCCCCGGAGCCGGGGAGGGGACGAGGGAAACAACGAGAGAGGAAGGAGAGUCCUCCGCAGAGAAGAGGAGGACCAACAUCACGAAGAUCGAGGUCCCCACGACGACCCAUUCGAAGAGAAAGAAGUCCGACCCCAAAGCCGACGAAACUUCAUGUUGGGAAUCUUACAAAGAAUAUCAACAAGGAACACGUCAAUGAGAUCUUCUCAUAUUAUGGUAAAGUAAAGACAGUUGACAUGCCAAUGGAACGCAAUGGGAUUCCACGCGGGUUGGCGUAUGUAGAGUUCGAUGAUCACACCGAAGCCGACAAAGCAUUGAAGUUCAUGGAUGGCGGGCAGAUUGAUGGGCAGGUUGUAGCGAUACGUGCCGUUCUACCAAUCCGUCGUCGCCCCCCACGCCGAUCACCCCCACCCAUGAUGCAACGGGGGCCACGGGGAUUUCCCCCACAACAUGCCCCGUGGCGCCGCUCACCCCCACGAAGACGCCGACCGCCACGUUCCCCCCCGCGCCGCAGGUCGCCACCGAGACGCCGUCGUGCACGAAGCAGCUCCAGCGAAUCAAGAUGAAGGAACCCAACAUUGGAAAACAAACAUUACAACAAUCAUAUUAAUUUUACAGACAAACUUUUUACAAAUUGUGUUUUUUCCCCGGAUAACUUUUUGUUGAAAUUUUUUCGCAAAUUUUUGUUUUAACAAACAAUUAAUAAACUCUGGUCAUGUGAUCUUUUAG